CUCCAUUUCUCUUUCUUUCUUCAACAAUCUUCUCGCUUCUACAAGACUCUGCCUGCCUCUGCCCACCCAUCCCACCACCCAAUCACAUCUACAAUGCACGCUGCCUCUUACGUCGCCAUCGCCGCCGCCGCCGCCGGCUCUGCCGCUGCCCUCUCCAUCAACACCCCCGCUUCCCUCGUCCAGUGUCAACCCGCUCAGCUUUCUUGGACUGACGGCACCGCCCCCUUCAUCAUUGCCGCCAUCCCCGGUGCUGAGGUCUCUUCUGCUGCCAUCGAGACCAUUGCCGACUCUCAGGAGUCCAGCCCCUUGACCUGGACCGUCAACCUUGCCUCUGGCACCAACAUCACCGUCAAGAUCACCGACUCUACUGGUACCAUCGGCUACUCUUCCCCCGUCGUCAUCCAGGCCGGUUCUUCCGACUCUUGUUUGAACGCCACCGCCUCUACCAGCGGUCUCUCUUCUGCUUCCGUGUCUAGCACCGGCUCCAGCUCUGACACCGCCGCUGCCGGUGGUGCCGCCGCUACCACCGCCUCCGACUCUGCCUCUUCUUCCGAGUCCUCCUCUGCGGACAGCUCUUCUGCCUCUUCUACCGCCGAGUCUUCCUCCGCCUCUUCUUCCGCCUCUUCCUCUGCCGCCUCCUCCACCGCGGCCUCUUCUUCUGCCACUUCGGCCAAGUCUUCCGCCACCUCUGCUGCCUCUUCCAGCGCUGCCGGUGCCGCUUCCUCUGCCACCUCUGCCGCCGCUUCUGCUGCUUCCAGCAGCUCUUCUUCCGGUGCCUUCGCCAAGGCCGUUGUCGGUAUCCCCGCCCUCGCCGCUGGUGUCUUCGCCGGUGUCCUCGCCUUCCUCUAAACAAUUACUUUCUUUUGAGGUUGGAGUGCUGAGAACAAUAUUCAUUUACCAGGAAAAAAUACACAUAUACGAUAUAACGGAUUCCAUAACUCUGUUCAUUUGCUGAAUUCGUUUGGUCAAAGGGACUUUUCUUUCUCUCUUGUUUGUUAUUACAGUUGCUAUCCCUAAUAAUGCGCCGGUCACGAUGCAUCUCAUCAAAUCUA